AUGGCUGAAGACCAAUGCUAUUUGCUUCGAGGAGUUGCUUCGUAUGUGGCCCAAGUCUGUCUUCUUGUGUUUGUGCUCCUGAGCCUUGCAUAUAAAAGGCACUGUGAGAGUCCAAAGAGACCUGUGAAGGUGUGGGCAUUGGACGUUGGGAAACAGGCUGUCUCCGCUGGGUUUAGUCAUCUCUGCAACAUGGCCAUUGCAAAAUAUGUGGCCAAGUCAGCAUCUCCCUGUGCCUGGUACUUCUUGGUUUUCACAAUAGACACAACACUGGGUGUCUCUCUUGCGGUGCUAAUACACCGAUUGUUUAUCCAUGGUGCAAAACGCCUCCAGCGCCGACAUCGAUUUCAACACCUCAGCGACUCUGACAAUUCUGUAGGGGCGUUUGAACACUGGUGGGAUUCCAUAGCGAAAUGUGGCAAUUAUGGCGAUCCCCCAUCCUUGAUAACUUGGAGUUGGCAAAUGGCAGAGUGGACACUGGCCACAAUCAUUGCCAGGGCAUUCUGUGCUUGGUUGAUUGUGGUUACCAGGGGUGGGGGAUCGCAGGUAGCCCGGUUGCUGGACCAUGCUUUUGAGGGGCAUCCUGACUGGGAGCUCUUCUUCGUCAUGGUGAUGUGCCCCAUUGGCAUGAACCUGGCACAAGCAUGGAUUCAAGAUGCCGUGCUGAAACGGAGAAAGGAGGUGGCCCAGAAUUCUCAAAUUGAGCUCGAUGGUAUGAAGCUGUUGGACAGGAACUGGGGCAAGGGCCAGACCUCAAUGGGGAGCCAAAGUGAUGGGUCUUCAUUGCAAUGGAAAUACAGGCCACUAGAGUGA